UUAUCAUCUUACAUUACGUAUAAUAAUUAACAUUAACGCAGAUUUCAGAACAACCUAGUGAGAUUAGACUCAAUAUAGUCAGAGACCUCAAACAACCACUAGAGGACGUCUAGUCAAUAACUUCAACAGAAAGGAAAUAAACCCGGAACGUAAAUAAAGAGCCCACUGACUACGUAAUUUCCUGCCCAGAGAUUUUUUACGUUCAUCAAAAUGGCAACGCAGAGUAGUGGCACGUCCAGGCGUUUAGUCCAGUAUGUUAUCGUCCGGUCAGACCUCAUACACACUUUAUCAUGGCCUUUAGGCGCCGUCAUAACUCAAGCCUGUCACGCGGCCACUGCAGCCAUUCAUUUACACUACAGUGACCCCGAUACUCAAGAAUACCUGGCAGAACUGGACAGCAUGCACAAAGUGGUACUGCAGGCACCAGAUGAGGCUUCUCUCUCCACUCUUUCCAGUACUCUACAUGAAAAAGAAAUAGCACAUAAACUAUGGAUGGAGCAGCCCGAAAAUAUCCCCACUUGCUUGGCUUUAAAACCCUACCCUAAAGAGACUGUGCAGCCUUUUCUAAAAAAGUUCAAGCUUUUCAAAUGAUAGGAGCCCUUCAUGGAUUGCACAUAACAGUGAAAGACUGGUCUCUAGAUUAGCAUGUGGCAAUAAAAAUGAUAUGGAUGUACUUUUGUGUCAGGUGGAAUUUCAUCAUUUGAUUUGUGUAAUAACUAAUUGAAUAGCCUCUUAAUACUUUUUCUUUUUUUUAGGGUUCAACUGCCUUUGAAUCUCACCAUCAAUUUUCAUCAACAUUCAUUCUCUUGUUAUAUAUCAAUCAUAACAACAAGAUGUCUCUCUCUCUGUGGCAAAACAUGCUACUUAGUUCAAUUAGUACACCAGAAAAGCAACUGAAAUAUAAAUUCUUUAAUAUCUGUAAGCAAACUGAAUGUUUUACUUUUUUUUUUCUUCUGCAUAUUGAUCAUAUGGGUAAUACUGCAUCAAAAGUGUCUGACUUAAAGCAUCCUGAAUCUAUUAAAAAUAAACUGAUGAUUCUGUCC